ACUAGGAGAAAGUGGGGCAGGGAGGUGUGGACAGAGAUGAUUUAAGAGCAGCCCCUGCCCUCAAGGCACACUCAGAGCUCCUGGGCACACACUGGCAGCAGCCACUGCCAGUCCAGCCAGUCAGCUCCAGAACCCACCUCAGCUGCCCCUGCAGCUCAGCAGCUGCCUUCACCAUGGACAGUAUGAGCACAGCCAUCUUGCUCCUGCUCCUGGCUCUCAUCUAUCUGUUCCUGACCAUCAGCUCAAAGGGCAAAGGCCAGCUGCCUCCAGGCCCCAGACCUCUCCCAUUCCUGGGAAACCUGCUGCAGCUUCGCUCCCAAGACAUGCUGACCUCCCUCACCAAGCUGAGCAAGAAGUACGGCUCAGUGUAUACAGUGUACCUGGGGCCCAGACGGGUGGUGGUCCUCAGCGGGUACCAAGCCGUGAAGGAGGCCCUUGUGGACCAAGGGGAGGAGUUUAGUGGCCGUGGCGACUACCCUGUCUUUCUCAACUUCACUAAGGGCAAUGGCAUUGCCUUCUCCAAUGGGGACCGAUGGAAGGUCCUGAGGAGAUUCUCUGUUCAAAUUCUGCGCAACUUCGGGAUGGGGAAGAGGAGCAUUGAGGAGCGGAUUCUGGAGGAAAGCAACUUCCUGCUGGCAGAGCUUCGGAAAACUGAAGGUGAGCCCUUCGACCCCACGUUUGUGCUGAGCCGCUCCGUGUCCAACAUUAUCUGCUCUGUGAUCUUCGGCAGCCGCUUCGACUACGAGGACGAGCGUCUGCUCAACAUUAUCCACCUCAUCAAUGAGAACUUCCAAAUCAUGAGCAGCCCCUGGGGAGAGUUGUACAAUAUCUUUCCGAGCCUCCUGGACUGGCUUCCCGGGCCGCACCGAUGCCUUUUCCAGAACUUCGGGCGCAUGAAGGACCUCAUUGCCCGCAGCGUCCGUGACCAUCAGGCCACCCUCGACCCAGAAUCUCCCCGGGACUUCAUUGAUUGCUUCCUUACCAAGAUAGCACAGGAGAAGCAGGACCCGCUAAGCCACUUCCAUAUGGACACACUACUGAUGACCACACAUAAUCUGAUCUUUGGCGGCACCGAGACCGUGGGCACCACGCUGCGCCACGCCUUCCUUGUGCUCUUGAAGUACCCAAAAGUGCAAGCCCGCGUCCAGGAGGAGAUCGACCGCGUGGUGGGUCGCGAGCGGCUGCCAGCGCUGGAGGACCGACCGGCCAUGCCCUAUACAGAUGCGGUGAUCCAUGAGGUGCAGCGUUUCGCAGAUGUCAUUCCCAUGAGCUUGCCGCACCGGGUGAUUCGGGACACGGCCUUUCGAGGCUUCUUGCUACCCAAGGGCACGGAUAUCAUCACCCUCCUUAAUACAGUCCACUACGACCCCAGCCAAUUUCUGACGCCUCAGGAAUUCAACCCUGAGCAUUUUCUGGAUGCCAGUCAGUCCUUCAAGAAGAGCCCUGCCUUCAUGCCCUUCUCAGCAGGCAUCUACUGUUCCAACGGGCAGCGGUGGCAAACCCUGCGCAAUUUUGCACUUGGAGCACUUAAGGGGUUCGGUCUGGAAAUGCGGACCAUCAAGGAGCGUGUUCAGGAAGAGGCGGCUUGUCUGCUUGGCGAAUUUCAAGCCACCAUUGGAGCCCCGUUCGACCCCCGACGACUACUAGAUAAUGCCAUGUCUGUUAUCUGUUCCGUGGUCUUUGGGAACCGCUAUGGCUACGAGGAUCUGGAAUUCCUGAAGCUCCUGGACCUCUUCAAUGACACCUUCCACGUCAUAAGCUCCAGACGGGGCGAGAUGAGAGCGUCGGCACCAGUAUCUCCCUCGUAUGCCAAAUCUGCCAAAUCCCUAGUCCACGGACCUACAUUGGAUCAUUAGAAUGGGACAGUUUUAGAAUCUUUGAAUUCUGGAACAUACAACAUCAAAAUUCUGGUCCAGUCUUCCCAUGGGUAAACUAGUAGUAUUGUUCAAUGUCGUACUGACCCCCUAUCCCCCUCGAUGUACAUUUUCCCCUCCCUCCUGGACUGGCUCCCGGCCUGCACCACCGAAUCUUCCGAAACUUCACGGACCUUCGGGUUUUCAUCUCUCAGCAAAUCCAACGGCACCGGCAGAGGCAGCAGCCUGGGGUGACUCUCGAUUUCAUCGACUGUUUCCUGGAUCAGGUGGAUAAGGUGAAGGGUCAUGCUGCCCUAAACUCUAUCCCUGCUGCCCACCAGCAGAAGCCUGACAAGCGCAGCACCUAUCUCCUCUGCCCACAGGAACAGGACCCGGAGAGCCACUUCUAGGAGGAGACGUUGGUGAUAAAGACACACAACCUCUUUGGCAGCACUGAGGCCACAAGCACCAAUCUGCGUUAUGGGCUCCCCAUUCUGCUCAAGUAUCCAGAGGUGGCAGGUCUGGGAGCUGGAGAGUCAUGGAUGAAGGCGCCAGGGUUUGGGGAUGGCUGGGGGCUGGGGCAUGCUCAGUUCACACUCUGCCAGCUCCAGUCAAAGUGCAGGCCGAUCUGGAUGCCGCAGUAAUUCGGAUACGUGCCCCACACCUGGAGGACGGCCACCGCCUGCCUUACACCAACGCCGUGCCGCACGAGAUCCAGUGCUUCAUCAGUGUGCUGCCGCUGGAGCUGCCACACUUCCUCACCCGCAAUAUCCACCUGCGUGGCCACUUUCUGCCCAAGGUGCCCACUGAAACCCGGGGGUCUGCGCAGGGACAGGGGAGGGCCUAUUAAUGAAGAUGAGCAGGCAUGAGCAUUCACAGCAUUCACAUAGCCCUGGGACCAAGAAAGGCGGCUUGCUUUGCCAAGAGCUUCUAAAAUGGGGUUUUAGAUGAGUGGAAGGCAGUUGCUUGCCAAGUUUUAGGGUAACCAUUGCAUAUCACCCCAAGGCAUCUUUGUGAUUCCUCUACUUCUGUCUGUGCACUGGGACCCCACCCAAUUCAAGGACCCAGAAUGCUUCAACCCCACCAACUUCCUGAACGAGUGCUAGUUCCAGAGCAACAAUGCCUUCAUGCCCUUUGCCCCAGGUAUCGGCUGGGCAGGGAGGGGACCAGUCUGGAUGAUCCUUGGGGCACAGGGGUUUCUCAUCUCACAUGUGCAUCCCUAGGAAAGUGGACGUGCCUGGGUGCAGGCCUGGCCCUAUUGGAGACCUUCCUCACCUUCAUUCUACAGCGGUUCUGCCUGCAACCUCUGGGGAGCCCCCCACCAACAUCGACCUCACCCACAGUGCACUGGCCUGGGCAAUGUCUCCCCAGCCUUCCAGCUCUGCCGUGUGGCCCACUGAGGUCAGGCUCAGCCACUCUCUGCU